GAUCACUCCUGCCUCAUUCACCUCUAGAGUCCAUCUGUUCUGGGGGAGCUGGCAUUUUUGGGCUGUCCCCUACGGCCUUUUUUUACGGUCCUCCUGCCCCCAGGCAGUCGAAUGAUGUGAACUUGGAACAGGGUUUGCUAUCCUAUGGGGACUCGCUUUCUCUCCCAGGCUGGUGCUGUCUGAUAGGACCAUCCGAAGACAGUGCUUUGUUCUUGGGGAGGAGGGCACUGGCCCUGCCUGGAUCCUCCACCAUGUUCCUGUUGCUCCCCUUUGACAGCCUGAUUGUCAACCUUCUGGGCAUCUCCCUGACCGUCCUCUUCACCCUCCUCCUCGUUUUCAUCAUAGUCCCUGCCAUUUUUGGAGUCUCCUUUGGUAUCCGAAAGCUCUACAUGAAAACCUUGUUAAAAAUCUUUGCGUGGGCCACCUUGAGAAUGGAGAGAGGCGCCAAGGAGAAGAACCACCAACUUUACAAGCCCUAUACGAAUGGAAUCAUUGCAAAAGAUCCCACUUCGCUGGAAGAAGAGAUCAAAGAAAUCCGUCGAAGUGGUAGUAGUAAGGCUCUGGAUAAUACUCCAGAGUUUGAGCUCUCUGACAUCUUCUACUUUUGCCGGAAAGGAAUGGAGACCAUUAUGGAUGAUGAGGUGACAAAGAGAUUCUCAGCAGAGGAAUUGGAGUCCUGGAACCUGCUGAGCAGAACCAACUAUAACUUCCAGUACAUCAGCCUUCGGCUCACGGUCUUAUGGGGAUUAGGAGUGCUGAUUCGAUAUUGCUUCCUUCUGCCACUCAGGAUAGCUCUUGCUUUCACUGGGAUUAGCCUUCUGGUGGUAGGCACAACCGUGGUGGGAUACCUGCCAAACGGGAGGUUUAAGGAGUUCCUGAGUAAACAUGUUCACUUAAUGUGUUACCGGAUCUGCGUGCGAGCCCUGACAGCCAUCAUUACCUACCAUGACAGGGAAAACAGGCCUCGAAACGGUGGCAUCUGUGUGGCCAAUCACACCUCUCCCAUUGAUGUCAUCAUUUUGGCCAGUGAUGGCUACUAUGCCAUGGUGGGUCAAGUGCACGGGGGACUCAUGGGUGUGAUUCAGAGAGCCAUGGUGAAGGCCUGCCCACACGUCUGGUUCGAGCGUUCUGAAGUGAAAGAUCGCCACCUGGUGGCUAAAAGACUGACUGAGCAUGUGCAGGAUAAAAGCAAGCUACCCAUCCUCAUCUUCCCAGAGGGAACCUGCAUCAAUAAUACAUCAGUGAUGAUGUUCAAAAAAGGAAGUUUUGAGAUUGGAGCCACAGUUUACCCUGUUGCUAUCAAGUAUGACCCUCAGUUUGGUGAUGCCUUCUGGAACAGCAGCAAAUAUGGGAUGGUAACGUACCUGCUGAGAAUGAUGACCAGCUGGGCCAUUGUCUGCAGUGUUUGGUACCUGCCUCCCAUGACCAGAGAGACUGAUGAAGAUGCCGUCCAGUUUGCAAAUAGGGUGAAAUCGGCCAUUGCCAGGCAGGGAGGGCUCGUGGACCUGCUUUGGGAUGGUGGUCUGAAGAGGGAGAAGGUGAAGGACACGUUCAAAGAGGAGCAGCAGAAGCUAUACAGCAAGAUGAUCGUUGGGAACCAUGAGGACAGGAGCCGGUCCUGAGCCCGCGCCUCGCGCUGGCUGGAGCCACCACUCGCGGGCCUGACCCGCGAGCCAGCUGGAGCUGCCACCGCCCCCUGCCACCCCCACUGCUGUGUCCUUGCCACCUGCAGGGCUCCUCAGGCCGCCCUGGAGCCUAGGACUCCAGCUUCUUCAGGACCGCCCCGGGGACCCCUGGGCUUGCCAUCGGAAGCGGACGCCGCUGGGGGCCGCUGCCCGGGAUGGGACACCCUUCUUGUCUUCUUUACAAUGAGUCCAUUGGGGGAAUGCCAUUAAAGUCCCCUCUCCACCUGCACACAUGUGGGACUGAGUGGUCGGGAAGAAUCGGCCGUGGGCCUGUGUUUGGUUUGUUGCGGGUGCCACGUGCCAGGGGCUCUGCUGGGGAAGGGGUCCACCCGUGCGCAAGGAGACAGCGCCGAGGCGGUGCGGCCUGCUUUGGCCUGAACAUCACCCCCUGCCCCGGAGGUCUGCAGACUGGAUGGAAAGAAAACUGUUGUCUGCAGGGGCUCUCAGCAAAGCGAGGUUUCAUUCCUGUGCUGCUGCCACGGGCAGUCACCAGAGGGGACGGUGAGAAGCAAGGUGAUCGGUGACUAGCGUGUGGUGGGAACCAAGAGUCAUUUUGUGUUCCAGCUCCAGUGCUAACCCUAAACUCCCAUGUGACUUGCUCUCUGUUAACUCGUGCCUCGGUUUCCCCAUCUGUAACCUGGCUCAGGAGGGGAAGGGUGGUGAUACCUACCUCACAGGGUUGUUGUGGGGAUUGAAGUGCUACUUUGAAGGACAAGUUGCUCAGUGUUACAAGUGUAGGUCCAUGAAACGUGGCAGGACAAGGUCUGAGCUCAGAGCUGCUGCAGAGGGCUUUGGGUUUGUUUCUGUGAGUCAAUAAAAUUGUCUCUGAUGGUCAA